GGAGGACGAGCCGAGCAGGGCCUGCUGCCGGGCAGCUGCCACCCAGGACGGGUGCGAUGAGUUCCCCUGCCGCAAAGCCGAUACUUUAUAGCUAUUUUCGAAGUUCCUGCUCUUGGAGAGUGAGAAUCGCACUGGCUCUGAAAAGGAUUGCCUAUGACCAGGUGCCAGUGAACCUCCUUAAGGACGGGGGGCAGCAGUUUUCUGCUGAAUUCAAGGCAUUGAACCCAAUGCAGCAAGUCCCAGCCUUGAAAAUUGAUGGCAUCACCCUUUCUCAGUCGCUAGCUAUAAUUCAUUACCUAGAAGACACCCGGCCUAACCCCAGGCUCCUGCCCCAAGAUGCAAAGAAGAGAGCCCAAGUCAGAAUGAUCUCAGAUCACAUUGUCUCCGGCAUUCAGCCACUCCAGAACCUCAGUAUCCUGCAACAAAUAGGGGAGAAAAAAAUGGAAUGGGCUCAGCGCUACAUCACAUCUGGCUUCCAAGCACUGGAGCAGAUUCUGCAGCACACUGCUGGGCGCUACUGUGUGGGGGAUGAGGUAUCCAUGGCUGACUUGUGCUUGGUGCCGCAAGUUUUCAAUGCUGAAAGAUACAAGGUGGACCUGGCUCCAUAUCCCACAAUAACCAGAAUCAACAAAGCUCUCCUGGAGCUAGAGGCAUUCAAAGUAAGCCACCCAUCCCGGCAGCCAGAUACCCCUGCAGAACUGCGAGCUUAAAGCCCUUUUACCCAUUAAAUCAAGUUGGCUGGAGUGGCAAAGAGGACAACAGCUAAAGGUUGGGUAGGA